UUGUCGGCACCGAUGGGCAGCAUAUGAGCCGUCAAAUCUAUAGCCUAUACUCGUAUAUUCUGUGAAUCGCAAUAUUUCAGAUGCAACUACUCAUUAUUCUGUGCCUUGUCGGAUCUUCCCUGGCAUUGCUGGGAAUUGGUAGGACCCAAUCUGUAGCAGUUCAGGGAAGGCUAAUCUGCAACGGGCAGCCGGCCUCCAAUGUAAAAGUCAAGCUUUACGAGAAGGAAGCAACAUUCGACGUGAAAAUGGCUGAAGGUGUAACAAACCAAAAUGGCGAAUUUCGCCUCUCUGGUCACAAGACCGAAAUCAGCACCAUCGAUCCCAAAGUGAACGUUUACCACAAGUGCAAUUACAAUGGGAUUUGUUACCGAAAAUUCGGCAUCACUAUCCCUGAUAACUUUGUUACCAAAGGAAAGAAUCCACAGAAAACCUUUGACAUUGGAACCAUCAACCUUGCCAAUCGAUUUACCGGUGAAACCACUGACUGUAUAAACUAA